AUGCCAACGGCACCGAAACUCUCGUUGCAGGAGCGGCGACGAGGCGAAAUGGCGCUGAGCGAAUUCGCCGAAUACGCAGACAAACAGCAGGCCACCCGUCCCGCCCCCAGCGACAGCGGUUACGAGACGGCGAGCGUGUCCCGUGCCGGCCACGAGGACCAUGCCGAACUCGACAUCCUGGACCAGCUGGAGUUAUCCGACGCCCCCAAGACCGUCAAAAUCAAAGACCUCCUCCUUGACACCGGUGACAAUGCCGAGGAGGCGAUCCAGCAACUCGCGAAGCUACUCCAAGACCGCAUUGAUGAGGGCCACGGUGAGACCAUCUUCGACUUGGGACUGGAAGAUGGUGGCGAGUCCAUGGGGUUUGACCUCCCCCAGUGGAACGCGGCGUUACAGCGCCUGCGCGACGCCGCCGGCUCCCUUCCUGCGCACUGCCGCAUCCUCAUGACCUACAAUGUCGGCGGCCCUGAGGAGUCCCGCGUGAAGAAUGACCGCGUCAAGGGCGCUUGGGGCAAGAUCUUGAUCCGGCAGCCGGCGGACCGCGUCGAGGAGAUGGCCGAAAUCCGUAUUGCGGUGGUGGGCAACGUGGACGCCGGAAAGAGCACCAUGUUGGGGGUCCUUGUCAAGGGCAAUCUGGAUGACGGUCGGGGUAAGGCCCGCGUCAACCUGUUCCGCCACAAGCACGAGAUCGAGAGCGGCCGGACCAGUUCGGUCGGACUGGAGAUCAUGGGUUUUGAUAGCCACGGAGAGAUCAUCUCUAGCUCGCAGGGCCGUAAGCUGUCGUGGGAAGAGAUCGGCCGGCGGUCGGCCAAGGUCAUCUCCUUCUCCGACCUGGCGGGUCAUGAGCGGUACUUGCGGACGACGGUGUUUGGCAUGCUGAGCAGCAGCCCGAACUACUGUCUUCUCAUGGUCGCGGCGAACAACGGCUUGAUCGGAAUGAGCAAGGAGCACCUGGGCAUCGCGUUGGCACUGAAUGUUCCAGUCAUGGUCAUUGUGACCAAGAUCGAUAUCUGUCCGCCCCAGAUUCUCCAGGAGACUAUCUCGCAGCUCACGAAGAUCCUCAAGUCCCCUGGGGCGCGCAAGAUCCCCAUUUUCGUGAAAGACAUGGAGGAGACAAUCAACACCGCCACCCAGUUCGUCAGCCAGCGGAUCUGUCCCAUUUUCCAGGUUUCGAACGUGACCGGCGAGAAUCUGGAUUUGGUGCGAACCUUCUUGAACGUCCUUCCGCACCGGGGCCAAUACAACGUGGAAGCUCCCUUCGAGCUGCUGAUCAACGACACCUUCUCCGUGCCACAUGUGGGGACCGUCGUCUCCGGCGUGGCCAAGUCGGGGGUCAUCCACGCCGGCGACCCCGUGCUGGUCGGCCCGGAUUCGCUGGGUCAGUUCACCACCACUACUAUCAAGUCCAUCGAACGUAAGCGCAUCGGGGUCAAUGCUUGCUUUGCCGGACAGUCGGCAUCGUUCGCCCUGAAGCGCGUCCGCCGGAAGGAAGUCCGGAAAGGGAUGGUUGUUCUCAAGAAAUUGGACCAGCCACCGAAGGUGUUCCGCGAGUUUGUCGCCGAGGUUCUCAUCCUCUCCCAUGCCACCACCAUCAAGCCUCGCUAUCAGGCGAUGCUACAUGUCGGGGCCGUGAGCCAGACCUGCCAGGUCAUCGACAUCGAUCGACCCUUCAUUCGGACUGGUGAUCGUGCGCUGGUUGCGUUCCGAUUCAUCCAACGCCCCGAAUUCCUGGCUCCGGGAGACCGGGUGCUGUUCCGCGAGGGCAAGACGAAAGGCUUGGGGAUUGUCAAGAGUGUGGGAUACGACCCCAACCAUCCGUUGGACCCCAAGAAGGAGGAAGAGACUAGUCGUUGA